UGGCCGCCUCUUGACGGACAACAGGCAUGGAGGCGGCUGCGAACUGCUCCCUGCGCGUCAAGCGGCUGCUCUUGGACCCCAAGUUUGAGGGCUACAAGCUGUCGCUGGAGCCGCUGGCCUGCUACCAAGUGGGGCUGGACUCCCCGGUAGCAGAAGUCAAACUUCGAGAUGAUCAGUACACCUUGGAUCACAUGCGUGCCUUUGGCAUGUAUAACUACCUACAUCUUGAUUCCUGGUACCAAGAUAAUAUUUAUUAUGUUGAUCAACUUGGAAGAGUCAUGAAUUUAAGUGUUACUCUGGACACUGCCUUAAAAAAGCCAAGAGAAGUGUUCAGGCUUCCUGCAGACUUGAUAGUUUGUGAUAAUCGCCUUUGUGCAUCAAUACAUUUCACAUCUUCCACCUGGGUUACCCUUUCAGAUGGAACAGGAAGACUGUAUCUGAUUCGAACAGGCAAGCGUGGAGACGGUUCAUGUGAAAAGUGGGAAAUAUUAUUCAGCGAAGAAUUUGAGAGCCCCUUUGUUAUAGUCCACAGCAUCUCCUUCCUGCAGUUAGAUGCACAUUCAGUAGGUGUUUUACUUCUGCGAGUAGAAAAAGAUGAAUUGGACGUGCAAGGCAGCGGCUUCCACGUUUCCUUGGAGUGGGUUACAAUUGUGAAAACGGCUAAGGAAGGUGAUCAAGGGUACGAAAUCUCCAAGCGCCGAGUCCUUCAAGGAAAAUCAGUUCCUCAUUAUGCCGCUAUAGAGCCGAGCGGUGAUGGCCUGAUGGUUAUCUCUUACAAGCCUUACAGGCUUGCACAGAGUGAUGAGAACAAACAAGAUGAAAGUGAAAAGGAGAAAGCAGAAGCGAACAAGAAAGAGUCCCUGUACUACUGGAAACAGACUGAAGAUGAUUUGACGAUCAGUUUUCACUUGCACAAAGACUUCGCUAAAGAGGACGUACAGGUGCACUUUUCUCCAGAUCGUCUUAGUGUAACACUGAAAGAUCCACUCCUUGUACUGGAAGGAACUCUUUUUUCAUUGAUUGACCAUGAAAGCUCCACAUGGAUAAUUAAAGAAAAUAGUUUGGAGAUUUCCAUGAUUAAGAAAGAAGAGGGACGUUUAUGGCCAGAGCUGAUAGUUGGUGACUCGCGGGGUGAAUCCAUCACGGACCCAGCGCAGAGUGCAGCAAUAACUGAGCGUUUAAUGCACCUUACAUCUGAUGAAAUGAAUCCAGACCCUAACAAAGAGAACCCCCCAUGUAAUGCCCAGGAGCUGGAAGAAUGUGACAUUUUCCUUGAAGACAGCACAAGUUUGUGUAGAUUUGAUGGCAACACCUUGAAUGUCACUCAUGUGGUAAAUCUUGGAAGCAACCAGUAUCUCUUCUCAACAGUGGUGGAUCCCAAGGAAAUGCCAUGCUUCUGCUUACGUCAUGAUGUUGAUGCUCUUCUCUGGCAGCCGCGCCCAGACCAACAGGACAAGUGGGAGCACAUUUCUACUUUCAACGCAUUAGGUUAUGUGCAAGCAUCAAAGCAAGACAAGAAAUUCAUGGCUUGUGCCCCAAAUCACUCAUAUUCUGCCCUCUGUGAGUGUCUGCGGCGAGUGUUCAUCUAUCGACAACCAACUCCUCUGUCUACUGUUCUCUACAACAGAAAGGAGGGAAGACAAGUAGGUCAAGUUGCUAAGCAGUUGGUAGCAACUCUAGAAACCCACGAUCCUGUUUUGGGGUUUCAGGCAACAAACGAGAGAUUAUUUGUUCUCACAACAAAAGUCCUGUUCAUAAUUAAAGUAAGCACUGAGAAUUAACAGCUAAGUAUGUCACACUGAUAUCUCUGCAAUCAAAACUGGCUCAAAUAAUGACUAUAUAAAUUAGCGGGGAAGUACAAAGAUGUGCUGUCAAUGCAAAAGCAGCGUAUCAUAUGUACCUUUUAUGACCAAAAUAUAUAUCUUAGCAUUUGCCUAUGUUUAAGAGAGAUAGAAAUUCAACUUUAUUUUUAAUAAACGACUUAUGUGUGAAAAA